GGAGUCCGGAGCUCGCCGCAGCUUACCGCGAUAUCGCGAACCCCCGCCUGACCGCCAUAUUGACUGGACCGACUUGUCCAUCGGGAUGUCGUUUAAAAAGUGCUGUCUUUGUGCUUAUGUCAAGUGGGAUGUGUGUGAACAAAGUGUGUGAGAACCACUGUGGAUUAUUCUAGAACGUACGAAUAGGACCUGUUUCUCUCCGCACAGGUAGCAGAUAACGAUGCACACUCCAGAGGGCACUCUGGAAAGGGGUCAGCAACCUCCUACCAACGACCCUUUACAACAACCGCCCCCACAUUAUUCCGCCCCGGUGCAAGUGCUUUGCGAUGAGGACGGGGUGAUAAUGCAACACCACCUCAUGUCCUUGCCCAACAAAGAAGACUGCGAUCAUUUCAAAAACAGCCUAGCUCGGUUAUCAGGUGAAGACUAUCCCCUUCCACCUGGAGCUACUUCGGUGGAUGACAGUUCCCCUGAAGCACCCCCUCCUCCUUACGAUCCCGCGGCAGGCGGUAAACAGGGAUGGAUGACUGGAAUCUUCGGCUGCCUAAGGCCGGUCCUGUCCAUCAUAGGAAAGGGGGUGGUAGACAGCAGGAGCAGUCAAGAUGACUGGGAGAUCCCAUUCGAUCAGAUCACCGAGCUGAAAUUCCUCGGCUGCGGUGGCCAAGGGGCCGUUUUCGAAGCCAAGUUGAACAACAUGCGAGUGGCCGUGAAGAAAGUCUCUGAACUGAAAGACACAGACAUCAAGAACCUUAGGAAGUUGAACCACCCUAACAUCGUGAAGUUCAAAGGAGUGUGUACCAGGGAACCGCAAUGUUACUGCAUCAUCAUGGAGUACUGCCAUGGCACUCUGUUCGAGUUGCUCAAGAAUCAGAAGAACGUGGUGACGCCAAACAGAGUGGCUUCGUGGGCCAAACAGAUUGCUUGUGGGAUGCACUAUUUGCAUUCGCACAAGAUUAUACAUAGGGAUCUCAAGAGCCCCAAUGUUUUAAUUGGAGACGAAGAGACGAUAAAAAUCAGCGACUUUGGAACGUCGAGGACUUGGAAUGGCGUCAGUGAGAAGAUGUCAUUUGCUGGUACCGUUGCAUGGAUGGCUCCAGAAGCCAUUCAGGAAUUAGCUUGUAGUGAAAAGGUUGACAUUUGGUCAUUCGGAAUAGUGCUGUGGGAGCUGUUGACAUGUGAAGUGCCAUACGACGGAAUGGAACAGGGUGCCAUAAUGUAUGCCGUCGGAACUGGAAAACUCAAGCCCCCCAUUCCAGAAAGCUGCCCAGAUGGGUACAAACUUAUAAUGCAAAUGUGCUGGAAAAUGAACCCGAAAGAACGGCCAUCUUUCAAGCUGAUCUGCAACCACUUGGAGAUCGCGUCCUGCGAAAUAUUAGAGCGAUUCGAGCCCAAAGAAUUCUUCAAAACCCAGGAGAGUUGGAAGCAAGAAAUCAAGUCACACAUGACACAGUUUUGCGAGCAGUUGCAAAAACAUAAGAUCGAAUAUCAGUUGAAGGAAGAACAGCUGAUUAAGCUAAGGGAGAGGGAGAUCAAACACAUAGAGGAUAUCAGAAAGAUUUAUGACAGAAAGUUGGAGAAGGUGAACCAGAUGUACGUAGAAUUGAUGGGGUUCCUGCAGCAGAUCGAAAGGCAAAGGUAUGGUGCAAGACAGAGGAAGUUCUUGCCUAGGUUUACAAACACUAGGAGGAGGUCUAGCAAUCAGAGCACCACACCUACUAGUCCUGAUUGUACAAGCCCAGAUAGUCCUCAAAUUACUCCUGCAAAGGCACCUUUGUACACGAAACAGAAACUCAUGACGGAUACAGUAACUCAAACCACAUCAACUCAUACACAGUCUGUGAUUUCAAGGAAGAGGCACCACAGGACAAAUUCGGGAUCUCCAAGGAACUCUAGGAGCUCCAGAUCGUCAAGUUCUAGGACAUCUAUAGUGGUUGAUGCGGAAACACAGACUGAAUCAAUGGAUAUUAGUGAGACUGACAUGAGUCCUACAACAAGCUGUCCCCCAAGCGGCACCUCUACGUCAACCUCUUACCCACAACGAGUAAUAUUACAAGAAUUUCGAAGCGAUUUCAACGAUGAAUCGGCCAACGGAAAUUGUGUGCAGCUGCACUAUCUUGCGAGAAGCGCAGAACCAACAACAGAAGUUUUUACACGACUGGAAUCCGACCCUAUUAGCCCAGUUAGAGAAAUGAGGUUUGACAGCGAGGACACUGCAAAUCGAAAUAUCAGAAGCCCAAGAGAGUCCUCUGAGGAAGAUAAUUUAGAAACCAUUGGCAGAAAAGUAUCUGCUAUCAAAAUAGGGUCAAUGUUCUCACCGGAUAACGGCAAUAUCUCAAGCAGCAUUGGGGACAUUAUGAGGCAGAGGACACGGUCUGAAACAAAAGACGAUCUGGACAGCACGGAUAAUGCAGCUAACGAAGACAGCUUUACUGAUGAGGAAGGAGAAAUAUACAAUCCUUCACUUCGAAGGAGAAGCCUCGCCCGUCGUCCAAUACGUCGUUCCGGUCGAUACAAAUCCUCACUCCACCACCAACACAAGAGAGAACCCUGUGCCAGCGACGAGAACACCUCCGAAUACUCAGUUUCCCCCUCUAGCAAAUCUUCCACCCUGGAGUCCAACCCUGAUCGAUGCCUGCCCUGCCCUCUGGCGACCAACGCUGCCGUCAAACGACCGAAUGACAGUGGCGGAUCGUCGGAACCGGAAGAAGACAGUGACAGUGAGGAAAAUAUGACUAUCGUGACGCAAAUACCGGCGGCGGGUUUCAGGGUGCAUCGAGGGGAGAACUUGGUGUAAAUGUUACGCUUAAGGGCAACAGCAAUAUUGUUUGAGAAAUGAUAGGUUCCAUCAUUACCCCCACGUUAUAGUUUGAGCAUAGACGAUACUAAAAGUAUAACAUUCAUCGAAACUUCUGAUGUAUUGUAACCCGGUUUUUCAAUCGCAGGUUAUCUGUGGCAUCGCGAUUAAACAAUACAUAACUAGUAAUGAAUGAUAUUUAACUUUAUACAAUCAUCUACUUGUCACAGAUGGCACGAGACACCAGUUUCGCACACGAAAAGUGCAUAUUAAUAGCAGCUUGUAAAAUAAAUUUAUUAACAACUGUUAACCACCAGAUUACAGUUAUAUAGUCAACUUGCUAUUAAAAAACCAGGUAUAAGCAGAUAAGUCACUAAGUUUUAUGGAAAGACGGUGCCUGUAACCACACUUAAUAUGAACGCUAACGUUUUAAAGUCGCUCCUGAUUUCUUAUUCCACGUACCAGUCUGAAUUUUCAUUGUCACCUGAAACCUGUUAGCAUCAAUGGUUAACAAAACACAGGCCUGCGAUGGUUUUUUCCUUAUACAGCUAAUUAGUAACUGGGGUGCGCAUCAGAUACUGAGUUAUGAAAACUAGGCUGUCACUGAAGUGUCAUUUGGACGGUAAGAGCAGGACAUGGUGGAUCAAUAGAAGCAAUACUUUCAGGUAUAUUUUUUGAAGAAUCGACUUUUACAUUUUCCUUAGUACUGCUGUCCGCUAAUAACUGAAAUAAGGAAAAAGGCGCAGCGGAUCCGUUUAGGAUAGAGUCCACUUAAUAUUGUUCGUAGAUAUUAAAAAAACUAGUUGUUUUCUUUAUGCAAAAAUUGUGUGGGUCAAAAACCGCCCACAUGGAGCCUCAGAUGCAAAGAUCAAAGAGGACAUUUUUGAAACAGAAUGGACAGACUUUUGUAGUUAAAAAAAUACAAUGUCUUUUUGAUUUAGGUAGUUCUUUAGCAUUAUUUUUGACUACUAUUGUCGGUCUUUUAGAUAAAAAAUUAGUUUUCAUUCAAUAAUGUUUGCUUUAAAAUUAAAUCUCUACGUGCUAGAAAAGAAACAGCUGUAUUUUAAUUCGACAUACAUAGGCAUUUAAAAAAUAAUACAAUAACUGAAAGGAGAAAAUAGUCGGAAAAUUUCCCAGGCCUGUGUAUUUUAGAAUCUGAAAAUUAAUUUUUUUGGCAGUUUAAGGAGAUUAGAGAAAUGAAUCGGGGCGAUCGAAAAACUGAUUUUUAGUAAAACUGAAUAUAAGUUUUGAACCUUUCAUUUUAGUUUCUGUUAGGACCGUAAACUAGCGACGGGCGGCAUGCAUUUGUGUUUAUGUAGGAAGCAAUUUAUUUUAUUUUACUUCAGGUGUGUCUGCGUGUGAGGCUGAUAAAACAUAAUUAAUUAGGCAUUUCUUACUCUUUUAAGUUCGUCUUCAUCAAUCUACACAUUUUAUUAAUUAGGCAAUAAAACUGGUAGAGUAAAAUGGGGUAAUAUGGCAACAUAAAUUUCUUACGUUCACAUUCUAACAAGCAACUGACUCAGCUGCAAGGCAACGGUGGCAUCUUAGAGCGUGUAUGUAUGGGUAUGUGACGUGAAACGCUCGUUGCCAUAUUCCCUCAUAAAGAAAGAUUAGAAACAAAAAUGUUGAAUGAUGCGCUUUGGCCAUAUUACCCCAACCCAUGGGUAAUAUGGCAUCAUGCGUUGGGGAAUAUGGCAACGUGCUUUUCUCCCAAGACAUGCAAAAAUUUGUGAAAUUAGAAAAAUUAUUUAUUUUUCACAACAUAAGAAAAAUAUUAAUACAACGAACGAAAUAGGCUAAUAAAAGCUAUAUCUCCAGAGCUCUAGAGGUACUUGCUAGUUGAUUUAGUGGGACACAAUCUGCACAAUAUUUGUCUGAAGGAGUACAUAUCUCGUGAACCCAAUUAUAGCAUUUCAAACAUUGUAGCCAAUCACAUUUGGGACCUUUUUUGUCAAAAUAGUAUCCAUCGCAUUGGGCACAAAAUUCUGAUUCAUCAUGUUCCAAUUCUGAAUCUCCGCUUUCUACUGUAGUCACUUCCAAUUCACUUUCUGACGAACUGGUAUCAUCAGUAAUCCUUGCAUUACUUUUUUUUUCACACUUAAUGUCUUCUGUGUACCUUUCAUCCCUUUAGCGGCUUCUUUUAUUUCCUUUUCUUGUUUGCGUUUUAGUUUUGUAGUUUCCUUUUUGUCUUUUUUUUCUUUUUUGUUUCGUUUUUCUGCGAUUAUUUCUGGAGAUGUAAGUAGUUCAGCAUGUUGUUUUCUUUUCUGACACCCACUUGGCCCAGGCAUGACUGGAAUAGGCGUAAUCGCUUCAAAUGAUGGAUUGUUAGUCUUGGAGAUUACUGCAACAUCAUCAAUAAUAUUGACGCCGUUGUUAGGAUCAUCAGUGUUAUUAUUGUCGGCAUCAUUAGCGUUUUCUUCUAAAUUAUCGUUAUUGGGAAUUGGAUCAGGAUUUUGCUGAAUAAAAGCAUGAUCUGGAAUUAUUGUACCAUUAAACGGAUAGAUACCACAUGCUCUGAAACCCGAAACUCCGUUUUGAACUGUCGCUGCCUUUCCCUAUGCGAUAUUUAAGAGUGCCGGAAACUGUAGUCUAGUUAAUUUGCGACCUGGAUGAUUAUGUAUCCAGGUGUUACAUGCUUGUGCCCAAUAUGUCUUUAGAGGCUUGAAAAAGGACCUAUCUAGAGGCUGCAACCAAUGGGUCGUAUGGCUUGGUAAACACAAUAUUAACACAUCGUUACUUGCAGCUAAAUCUAACAACUCUACAUCCGAACAAUGCGAGGAGUGGCCAUCUAGAAUGAGAAGUACUUUACCUGGCUCCUUUCUUGCAAUAAAGUGGUCUUGAAGCCAUGUUUUAAAAAUGUCUGUCGUUACAUAGGCCGACUUUUCAUUCAUGAUAACUUUACCGCCAGGAGGCAAGCCAUCCUCAAAUUCCUGUUUUUUCUUCUUACCUUUAAAAAUACAAACGGGAGGAAGGAAAUGACCUUCUGCAUUCACACAGGCUAUUACUGAUACUGUCUCACCUUUCUCAGAACUCGUGACACAGUUUACAGUUUUGAUGCCCUUAGUGACAACAACUUUACCUGGGUUAUUGUUUAGUUGCAGCCCAGACACAUCAAUAUUAAAUAUUUUUCUCGGAGUGCUUAUUAAAUCAUUUUCUAUUAAUACUUUUCCCAAAAGAUCAAAGUAUCGUCCGCAUUCCUCUUUAUUCAUGCCUUGAGCUCGAGCUAUAGACAUUCCUUGAGCUUUUCCGAUUGACAAUUCUUGAUGUCUCUGCAUGCAUGAAACAAACCAGUCAUGGCCAGCUUGCUUUUUAUCAAUAUUAAAGUUGUUGGGAAUAUUAUUUUGAACUGCAAAUGAAAAUGCAAGCUUCUUCACAUCAAUCGAUGUUAGUGCCAACCCAUGUUUUUCCAUGUUUUGAACAUAGUUUACUAAACUCGCUUCAUGAACUGUAGUUAAACAACAUCCUCCUCAUUAAAGUACGGGCAGGAACAUUGUAUACACGACUAAUUUGGCGAACUGAUCCUCUACCAUUUCUAAGGUCCUCAAUAGCAUUGCGAAGAUCUUCUUCGGACCAUAACGCCCUCACAUCUUUCCGAACAUAAGUUCGAGGCAUCUCGAUUAUUACUGAAAUAAAACAAAAAAAAAUUGUCAGCCUCCCGGGGUAAUAUGCCGCAGUUAAAAAAUAUGACGCGUAUUACCCCACAUUGUACCUUAUUACUUUAAAAAUUCGCAACACCCAUUUUAGAUACGUUUAACGGAUUGUUCCGACAAAAAGAGUUAUGUUAGGAAUUGUAUUUUGGCAUGCUCUUAUUAAAGUUGGGUUACAAACACUUAGAACUGAUUUUAUCACUACGUAUAACUUGAAUUAAUAAUAUUCUUUAAACUGUCCUUACCUUUACACUGACGAUAUUCCCUCAAAAACAAAUUAAUCUGAUUUCUGAAGGAUUCAGAAAUAAUUGCUGCCUUACACUAAUGUGUUAAGAUGAACACUGUUGUCAAAUAUAGGCUUAGAAGAAAAAUAACAAACUGCGGCGUAUUACCCAGCGCGGCAAAUUCUUCCACUUUACUCUAUUAGAAUUUCACUGUGAAUGUGUAAUAGCAAUGUAUCACCUCGAUGAGCCUAAUUUUAAACAACGAUCGAAACAUCUCAGCAAUACCAUAUCUUUUACUGAACAAAAUCAUAUUUCUUUUAGAUUAUACACCAUCAUAUUAGGGCCAUAUCCCACGUCGCUUUAUCCACCCCAAUAAACAAAAAUGGCAUAAUUUCGACGAAUGUCCCAGCUAUAUUAAUACGGACACGUCUUGACUUGAAGUAUUUACGGGAUUCAAGGUACUUCCAUCUCUAUGGCCCUAGCUAACUUAUUUCAAUUCAAUAGACUUUAUUGCCACAAAUACAUUGUUGUUAAUAUGGGUUUUCAAAAUUUGGAGAAUAUUCGAAAUUAUCAAGAUUUUCGAAACAACCAAAAUUUCAAAAAUUAUGUUUUUUAAGUUUUCUGAAUUUUCAAGGUUUUGAAAAUGGUGGUUUUGAAAAUAUGCGAUGAAAACUGAUACAGCCUAUUAUAAAAUGCAAAUGUUGAAUCCUCCUUUAAACGUUCCGCAAAAUAAUAGUAAUGCGUGUUAUAGUUUUUUCCAAAUCCAGGGAGAGAUUAUUCCUCAAACAGCAUUCAAUCCUCAAUUGUGACCCUUAAUGGUGGCAACAAUACACUUUACCACUGGUCGAUCAGAGUUAUCCCAAAAACGUAACAGCAAUUAAACCCUGAUCAUCUUUCUCUAAUAUCGGACUGAUUCGUUAUUGUGCAAAUUAAAUUUGAUCAAACACAAACUGUGGUAGUACAUUCAAACCUAGCGAAACUAUUAAGCGUAAAUUGUAUAACUUAAUGGAUAAAAAGUAUCCAUAAAUAUGUAAGACAUUUUAUAAACUACGGGCUUCUAAUAGUUCCCUAAAUGCCUUAAAGUUCUGUGAGAUUUUUUAGAUAUCUAUAAAGCAAUUUGUAGUAAAAAAAACACAAUAUUCUAUAUAUAUAUACUAUUAAUAUUUCUAUUCAAAUAAGGAAAAGAUAUAUUUCAAAGGCUUACUAAGACCAAAUUUGUUACAAAAAAGUGCAGAUGCUUCAUGUUUCACGUUUGUGCAAAGUAGGCACAAAAAAAGCAAUAGAUGGAAUAUUGGACAUAAUAAGAACUGUCAGCGCAUAGACAGCCCUGAAGAACUUAAUGCUAGUGUCAAUUUGGAUCAAAUAAACGCUGACAUAAAGGCGCUGAUUCUCUUGAACACGUGUUUAUAGAUAGUGAAUCUCAUUGUUACAGUACGAUGUACACGAUUUACUAUUCUUAUAAAAUACUAAUACAAAAAUAUUGCAGUACUAUAGUUAUUAAUUUUUUCUGAAAUUCCGUCUUUUUCGUUGGUGUUUUUAUUAAAAUUUUAUGUAAUAUGGAUGAAUAUGCUGUGAAUCAUCAAACAAGUGAAGACAACAAUACGAAAUUUAGCAUAUGAUAUCUAUCGCUGCCUCUAGCAGCCUUAAUUCUGAUAGCUGUUCAUGUUUUCUGGCCGUUAAAUAAAACCACAUAUAUAGGCUUGACUUCUUACGGUUUCGGCCACCUCAGUGGUAUUUUCCAACGUACAUCACAAAAGUGACAGUGACAAAAUAUUUUGUUGUCACUUGUUUGUACUUUUUCAAAGACCACCGAGGUGGCCGCAACGUUAGUAAAAAUUGAAGCUUACGUAUGAGGUUUCAUUUAACGGUCAGGCAUGGAUAAUUAUCAAUAUGUGUAUAAGUGUCAGAUUAAUGCGAUUUCUAUUACAGCAUUACUAUUUUCUCUGUAAAUUUUGCCAAAUAAUUAUGAGCCUGUUGAUUUUGUCUUGUCCUUCGUUUCUUUUAUAGAAAAUAUUUUACAAGUAAAAAUUAACAAGGAAUUCUAAAAGAGAUGUCUUUGUUUUUGUUUCCCAAUAUUCUUAUACGCCGAUUGCCAUGAUUUUUGCGAAUGAGUGCUACUUUUUAGAGUGAAGUAUGAUUGUGUUAAAUGGAGACAAAACAAUAAGAUAUUUUUCCAUACUCGUUAGUUCUAUGUAUUAUGAAACUAUAUGGUGAUGCUCGUUGAUAUUUUUUUAUGUGAAUCUAUAUUUAUUGUGAUUUUUUACAAGGUAGCUAUAAGGUUGAAGUACUUAUAAACCGUAAGUUGGUUGUCUUUAAUCCGUCUGUUUUGAUGCAAUAAACAUAGUCAAGUAUACAUUCCAGAUCGAUAAUUUUUGGGGCAGCAUAAUGAAGAGCAUCUUUCAACAAAACUAGUACUACCAAAAACUGUACAUUGCUUUGACCGUGGUUUAAAAAAUCUUGGUCAGUUUUUUGUAUGACCGUAGAUUAUUCUUAGAGUCGAUGAAUUUUACAUAUUUUUAUGACUAUGCAAACGGUACUAUGUCAAUAUAUGGGUCCCAUUAAUUCCCCGAAUAAUAUUUCCAAAUUAAACGGAUACUACUGUGCACGCAAUUUGUGUUAUAAGAUGCACGUUAGAAUAUGAUAGCUCUUUAUUAUGCUGUUCAGAUGUAUAUAAUUUUAAUUUAGUAAUGAAUUGUAAAAUAAAUAACUGACAAUGUACAAAUUGUUUAUAAUGAUGAUUGUUAGAUUUUAGUGAUAAACAGAUUUAAGUUAAUCAACAACAUUCCAUUUUGUGAACCUAUACCAUGUAGUACCUAUAUUUAUGAUGUAUAUUUGGCUUUAGAUUGUCAAAUAUAUCGUACAAUUUAC